AUGAACGUAGUUUUAAUUACAAUUGCAUGGGUACUCGUUGUGGUGGCACCAAUCCGAAGUGCCAAAAUUCUAGGAGUGUUUCCGUUACACACCAAAAGUCACUAUUUUCUGGGCAGUAGUCUCAUGCGUGGACUCGCGGAAAAAGGGCACGACGUCACCGUAAUUAACACACGCGGUGAAAAAGACCCCCCCAAAAAUGGUACCUACAGAGACAUCAUAGUCACGUCAGAACUAACUAAAUCGGAUGGUCCCGGCCGCGAUCUAUUCCCAAUCCACCGCUUAAGCUUCAUCACCUAUAACCUCUACAUGAACACGUUGGGAAAAAUGAUCACCGAAACCACCCUAAGCCACCACGAAGUGCAAAACCUCGUCUACUCCGACGAAAAAUUCGACAUUGUCAUUAUCGAACAAUUCGUGAACGACGGACUCAAAGUCUUAGCGCACCAUUUUCAAGCCCCUUUGGUACUAUUUUCGACUUGCGGCUCCAACUCGUGGAUUAACCCUCUAGUCGGAAACCCCGCCCCGCCUACAUACAUCCCGGAACAAAAUAUUAUUUUCGACCCCCGAAAUUUCCUCGACCGUGUCAAAAACGUCCUCAUUUACACCUUCGGGUUGCUCAACCGCAACCUACUAUUUUUUCCGGCGCAGAACGAAAUCAUGAAAAAGUACUUCCCGGAAGCACCUGAUUUGGACGUUCUCAAUUACAAUGUGUCUCUAGUUUUACUGAACUCCCACUGGAGCACGAAUAUGGCAGUACCGAGAGUACCCAACAUGGUUGAUAUUGGCGGUUUUCAUAUAAAACCACCCAAGGGGUUACCACCCAACUUGCAAAAGUUCCUAGACGAAGCACCGGAAGGUGUUGUUUAUUUUAGUAUGGGGUCGGCUUUGCAGAGUUCUAAUUUGGCGACUGAGAAACGCGAAGUACUGCUUCGGGUUUUCGCGAAACUGAAGCACAAAGUGUUGUGGAAGUGGGAGGAUGAGGUUUUGCCGGGGCGACCCAAGAACGUGCAAAUCGGGAAAUGGUUGCCGCAGCAGGAUAUUUUGGCGCACCCGAAUGUUAAGGUGUUCAUCACCCAUGGAGGUUUGUUGAGUUUCACUGAAAGCGUCUACCAUGGUGUCCCGGUUUUGGCCAUUCCGGUAUACGGGGACCAAAUUUGGAAUGCAGCUGAAGCUGCCACCAAUGGUUUCGGGCGCUAUAUUUUAUAUAAAGAUUUAGAUGAGGGGGAAUUGGAGGAGGCACUUGACGAUGUCUUGAAUAACCCGAAAUAUCGGGACAAUAUGAAGAGGAGGUCAAAAAUAAUGCGCGAUCGACGAUAUUCACCCAUAGACGAAGCUGACUAUUGGAUACAAUACGUGAUCCGACACCAAGGGGCCCCUCAUUUGAGAAUAGCCGGUUUGGACUUACCUUGGUACCAAUACUUGUCUCUAGACGUGGUGGCUUUCGUCAUCGGAGUCACUUCCCUGCUAAUCUAUUUGUUGUACAUUCUUAUAAGUUUCGUUGUAAAGAAAAUAAGAAAAACGCCACACAGUAAUAAAACUAAAACGAGUUAGAA